AUGGGCAACAGCCGUGGCGUGACCGUGUGUGGGGUCACCGGCGGCACAGUGGUGCUGGAGGCUCAGUACGAUUAUAACUACAGAGCAGCAGACGGCAGACAGGUGUCCAUCCGAGAAGGAGAACGCUUCAUUCUCCUCAAAAAGACCAAUGCAGACUGGUGGCAGGUUCGCAGGAUUGGAGCUGCCACUAAGACAAAGCCUUUGUAUGUCCCUGCCACUUACGUGAUGGAGGUGCCUAUUCAGCCCUUGCCCUCAUCUCAGCGUCAGCUCCCAUCGGCAUCACUCAACCCCAACUUUCGGACGCUUCCUCGAGUGGCGUUCACCCCCAGCCCCACUCACUCUGUAUACACUGAAAGGCAAGUGGCAAACAAGCCGAUGUACCGCUCCAUGGACAACCUCAGCACCAGCAGUGCCUACCAGGCCGAUGGCAGCAGCAGUAGCCACUUCCCCUCUCUGCCACUGUCCGGAUUUACCUUCACUCCGAUCUCGUGCACCUCCUCCUCGGGCCACCUCAUGGUCCCCAAAUCUCCAACUCUUUCGACAUUCCAACCCGUCUCAACAAACUCCAGAGUGAUACCCACAAUAACCCGCAGCCAGAGUUCCAGUAAUCUACCUGAAAAUGUAACUGAGAACCCCUACGACGAGGUGGGAGGAGGCCUCGGAACACGAGUGGCCUGCAAGCCCCCCAAAAAGUCCUGUAGUCAGUGGGACAUGUUGGGAACCUCUGGCAAGAAGACGCAUCUGCAGGUCCCCACUGAGUCGUACCUGGCGCAGCUGUCGUGGCAGGUGUCUCCUCUGUACACGGACCCUCAGCCUGAGAAGCGUGGCUCGCAGCAGGAGCCCCCCAGCCCGGCCCCAGGACAGCAGCCUCUUCAGAUCCUGGACCUGUGGGAGCAGCACACAGACCCCGCCUCAGGCCGCUGGUACUACGUCAACAGUGUCACGAAAGAGCGGUCCUGGAAGCCCCCGCGAAGGGCCCGCAGCCACACCACCAGCAGCGGCACCAGCAGCGGCACCAGCAACACCAGGGCCAGUUUGCUUCACACUCAGACAUUACCCAGAGAUACAAGCCAUUUGAAGUUAACGCUCCCUGCUACGGGUAAUGGAACUGCGUACAACACGCUGUCAUCUGACCACAGCCACAACAAGAACACUGACAGUGACUACGACAUCAAACAGAGUCUCCCACGAGCCGCCUCCUCAGACACUCUCAAUAACAUGACGUACAGCCACUCGGAAUAUCACAACUACAAUGAAUCCAAGCAGAUGCUUAGCCAUUCGCAGUCUCUGAUCCUCCCGGAGAAUGGAAAGCAGAGUUAUGUGGCUGACAUUGUGGUGGAGCCCCCGUCUCCAGCCAGCUCUCCGGACAGUGAUUUCUGCACUCCGGAGUUGGAGAAAGCUGGCCUUUUGAAUAAGACCAAGGUUGCAGAAGGAGGUAGAAAGCUCAGGAAAAACUGGAGUCUCUCCUGGGUGGUGCUGGUUGGAAACAGCCUGGUUUUUUUCAAAGAUCCUAAAUCACAGACUCCGUCCAGCUGGAGACCAGGAAACAGUCGGCCUGAAAGCAGUGUGGAUUUAAGAGGUGCACAACUCCACUGGGCCAAUGAUUUAUCCAGCAAAAAGAACGUAUUCAAGUUGAGGACGGUGACCGGUAACGAAUUUCUGCUUCAAUCUGAUACCGACUCCCUGAUCAAAGAGUGGUUCAAAACCAUUCAGAGCGUCAUCGACCGCCUGGACCGUGAAAACCCCAUGGACAACGUGCUUCUGUAUUCUCUGAGGAGAGCGGGCAGCGUGGAGAUGCUGGAGCAAAGUGGGGACGAGGACGAGAGGAAAACGUCCCUCCCUCGCUCCUCCUCCAACCUGGAGAACACAGAACGCAAACGGGUCAAGUCCAGACUCAAGAAGCUGAUCCUGAAGAGACCUCCUCUGCAAGCCCUGCAGGAGAAGGGCCUGAUCAAAGAUCAAGUGUUUGGCUGUCGACUGGAGAUGCUGUGUGAGAGAGAGAGGAACACUGUCCCUCGCUUUGUCCGACUGUGCACUGAGGCGGUGGAGAGGAGAGGUUUGGACGCAGAUGGCAUCUACAGAGUAUCUGGGAAUCUAGCAGUCAUUCAGAAACUUCGCUUUAGGGUCAACCAUGAGCGAGCUGUGACCACAGACGGACGUUACAUGUUCCCCUCAGAGUUUGUACAAGAGGAGAAGCUGGACCUGGACGGUUCCGAGUGGGAGGACAUCCACGUGAUCACCGGCUCUUUGAAACUCUUCUUCCGAGAGCUUCCCGAGCCUCUGGUCCCGUUCGGCUUCUUCACCGACAUCGUGGAGACAGUCAAGAUGACGGAUUACUUCGACAAAGUGGAGCGUCUGAAGGUGCUGCUGCUGAACAUGCCGCCACCGAACCACGACACGCUGCUGUUCAUGUGUCGCCAUCUCAGACGCGUGCUGGAACACUCCAACUAUAACCGAAUGACCACCCAAAACAUUGGCAUAGUCUUCGGACCGACCCUCAUGCGACCGGAGCGGGACAACGGCAACAUCGCCAUCAACAUGGUCUACCAGAAUCAAGCCGUGGAGCUCAUUCUCAGCGAAUAUGAACACAUCUUUGGGACACGAGGCUUUUCUUGA